UUUCUGUCUCCCCACUUAUCAGCUCCCCGAAUUUCUUUCACAUCUGGUUACCUUCGUUCCUUCUACGCAAUGCUAUCACGCGCAGCUUGCCGCGCGCUGCUGCGUACAUCGGCCACCACUUCCGCCUCGACGUUUCCGCGCAUAGCUCCCAUCGCCUCGACAACAUCGCAAUUGCGCUUCUAUGCAAACAAACCAGGCCGCGACAACACAUGGAAACCGACCGACCCCAUCAAGUUCGACCAAGAAGACAAGCAAACACCAAACCCCGUCAAUCCAGGCGAGCAGCCCGAGUUUGACGCCGCAGCUACACCCGACCGCAACACCACCCCCACAGAAGCCCCCGGGCCUGGCAGGACAUCAGCUGCCGACCAGAGCGCACAUAAUACUGAUUCGGCAGCCGAGAGCUCCGAAGAGAACCACAAGCCUUUGCCUGACCUGCGACAAGGAAUCCCAUCAACCUUCGCUGCCGAGUUUGCCAAAGCCCAGGAACAGGCUGACAGAGAUGCCAGAGACCCAGACAGCAGCACUGAAGACCCCGCAAAGGAGUCUGGCUCCAGUCGCGAAGGCCGAGAGCUUCCCAAAUCAGCCUACGAGACGAGCACAGACCGAAGGCGGAAUCGCGUGGCCAGCUGGUCCUACGCAAUUGCUGCAUUCUUUGGAAUCACAAGCACUGUAUACAUUGCUAGGGAGUGGGAUACCGAGGAGGAGAUUAAGGCGAACCCUGAUGCUCCCCAAGGAUGGUCACCCGAUGCCAUGUACAAGCGUGCGGUUGCGCGAAUGAAUGGUCAACUGGGCUACUACACCGAGCCAACUUUCCCUAAGCUGCUCCCCGACAUGGAUCCCGCCCCGCCGCUGACUCUUGUUCUAAGCUUGGAGGACUUGCUUGUGCACUCUGAAUGGUCUACGAAACAUGGCUGGCGAACAGCAAAGCGCCCUGGUGUUGAUUACUUCCUCCGCUAUCUGUCUCAGUACUAUGAGCUCGUCAUUUUCACGUCGGUCAAGUCUAUGGACGCUGACCCUAUUAUCCGCAAAUUGGAUCCCUUUGCUCUUGUCAUGUGGCCGUUGUUUCGCGAGGCGACUCGUUUCGAGAAGGGCGAGUACAUCAAGGAUCUCUCCUGCCUCAAUCGUGACCUCUCCAAGACCAUCAUCGUCGACACGGAUCCUUCGCACGUGAAGCUACAGCCCGAGAAUGCCAUUGUGCUGCCCAAGUGGAAAGGGCAGCCUGGCGACGCCGGCCUCGUUUCUCUGAUUCCCUUCCUCGAAUACCUGGCUAUGCUACAACAAGGUGGCAACUUUGAUGUGCGACAUGCUCUCAAGUCAAUGGAAGGAAAGGAAAUCCCUGCCGAGUUUGCGCGCCGAGAAGCUAAGCUUCGCGCAGAGCACCUCAAGAAUCUCGAAGCCGAGAAAGGGAAGCGAGGCGGCAAGGUCGGUGGACUCUUGACCGGCGCGCUUGGGUUGGGUAAACAAGGUGGUCUGAUCCUGGCGGACGGCACAAACAUGUCCGAGGGUAUGGCACAAGGCAAGAUGAUGAUUGACAUGUUCCGCGAUAUUGGCCGCAAGAAUUACGAGGAGCUCGACAGGGAGAUUCGCACCAACGGCGAAAAGUAUCUCAAGGAGCGUGAAGCUGAGGAGAAGAAGAUGCAGGAAGAGUCAAUAAAGAGCAUGAAGAACAGCGCGCUGGGCUUCUUCGGAAGUAGUGCUGCCGCCCAGGACGCCGCUAACACUGCGCUGCCCGAGAAGGCAUCGCCAGAAAACGCCACAGCACCACCAUCACAACAAAGAUAGAUACUCUUGGUGGGUGUGUAGGGAGCAUCUUGGAGGGGCUCUUGAGGUUAUCUUCUCUGAAAGACUGUUUUGCUGAAAAACGAAUUGCAUAUCCGGCGGCGCUGCGGAGACGAACAAAACCUUUAUCAUGUCUAAUAUAUGUACUUUAUUCAUCAAAUGUCGUAUGGCACAUAGUU